AUGGUUUACUCUAAGGGUUACUGGAAGGGGAACCAUGAUUUGAAGAGUUUAAUUGCAACUUUUUUGACUCCUGCACAAGAGGAUAAGCUUAGUAAUGGUCCAUUUAAACACAUUAUUGCUAUGGAGAAUUUGAAAUGCAGCAUGAAGUUGGUUCAUUAUCUGUGUCUUUCUCGAAUAUUCACGAAUGAUCGAGACUCCAUUAGUUUCAAGAUUUUUGGGCAUGAUGUUUCCUUCACCCUUGAAGACUUUCACAUUAUGUGUGGUUUGCGGAUCACAACACAUAAUAUUGAAAAACCAUUUAAUCGAGAGUGCACUAUUCUGAAGCACUAUUUUGGUAAGUCCAAGGGUGUGUAUCUGAAGGAUAUUCGAAGUUUUAUGACUCGCAAUGUAAUUCCAACGAAUGCUGUGAAUUAUGCACACGUAUGCGAGAGUGAUGAUGAUGCAGUUAGGCUUAUGGAAAUUCUUAUUGUAGACUCUAUUCUGUUUGGGAAAGAUAACGAUUCAUGUGUGAAUGAGGAGUAUGCAUCUAUCGUUGAAGACGAGAAGGUUUCUGCUGAAUAUCCUUGGGGUAAUGUGGCUUAUGAGAAACUCAUUAAUUCACUGAAAUAUGCAUUGGACAAGCAGAACAAACAUCAUGCAACUGAGUAUAAACUUACUGGAUUUCCAUAUCCGUUAUGUGUUUGGUUCUAUGAGCGCUUCCCAGAUAUUCGGAAGAAGUAUGUAGCAGAGGAUGAGUACCUUGAUAUGCCUCAGGUCCCCAGGAUCCGGAUUCGUUCAAAUCUAGUUAAUGCAGUUCCUUCAACUGCUAAAUCACCACUUACUCUGAGUCGAUCAAAAGAAUUGAAUCGAACUCCUGUCAUUGGUAAAUCACCACCUACAAAGAGUCGAUCAAAAGAAGCGAAUCAAACUCAUGACAUUGGUGAUUCACCACGUAGUCGGAAUCAACCAAAAGAACCGAAUCAAACUCCUUUUAUUGGCGAAGCAUCUCGUACCAAGAGUCGUUCUACGUCGUCUACAUCUGACUUUGAUGAAGAUGAAUUACUUGAUAAAAUAUGCUCUAGGUUAACGAUGGAGGAAUAUUUCGAUGAGAAGUUUGAACAGUUGUUUACGAUUGUCAACAAAUCAAAUGGAAUGGAUCGAGAAUAUGACAGGAUGAAUGACUGUUGCAAAAAUCCAUCGGCUUUUGAAGGCGAUCAAAAUGUUCAAGAACAAGUUGAAGAGCAACGUUGCAGUGUUGAUAGAUUGAGCAGAUAUGUAAAUGAUGAAGCACAUUUAUCAACUGAGAAUAUUGUAAGUGAGGAAGGUGCACAUAAUCAAGUUUUUGAGACUGAAGAACAUACUGCUCAUGAUGCAUUGCGUGGAGAGGAACAAUCCAAUGUUUGUAGACAGAGUAAAGUUGGAGAGAAAGGUGCAGAUGAUCAAGUUGUUGGCACUGAAAAACAUGCACCGAGUUGUGCUUCAGAAAGUGAUCAAGCACCUCUUCGUACUUUAAAUCUGAACGACGAUUGUUAUGCAGGAGUAAUAGCGAUUUGCAAUGAACUUCUAGGUAGUGCUACACAGGAAAUUGUUACUACAGUGGAAGUUGAAACUAGUUGUGGUUCAAUUGCCACAACUCAAAAAUUCUCUGGUGAUGCUCAAUUGAAUGAAGGUAGAUUUGAGAAAAACCUUCCAGAGAAUACUGCAAUGGUCGUCGACGUUGGUUCAGAAUUGAAUGAUGCUGGAAAUGCUGAUAUUGAGAAAGGCAUGCAGCCUGGGGAAACCACAGCGGAUGACAAACGUAAAGAAUUACUUGAGGUAGGUCAAAAAGAAUUGGGUGAGAUUCUGCAGCAAUAUGAAAAAGGAGAAAUACAUAUAUUCACACCUGUUGACUCACAGACAGAUACAGGAUCUGUUGGAAUGAAAACACCUUCUGUGUCGCAACACUUAGACCAGAUCUCAUCUGAUGCAUCAGAACUGCUUCCAAAGCCUAAGAGAAGGAAGAUUUCUAGUUCUCCUAUGUGUGACACCAGUGAUAUCCCCAACUUUAAUUUAUGUUCAUUUUCACUUGGUAGUACACAAGGGGCUGAUUCAGAAGGUAAUUCUGCUGCUGUUGUUGUUCGUGAAGAGACAAAAGAACGUCGUGAACAGUAG